GAGAAGUCCCGCGGCUGCGCUGUAGUGAACGGGAUGGAGAAUAUUGUCCUCGCAGGCAUCAUCCGUGGAUUCCGGAAUAAGAUUCUUCAAGCAGAUUCUGCUCUGAGUUUCCUUGUGUUAUGUCCAUAGUGUGAACAAUACUCUAACAGGAGUGUACAGAAUAGCAGGAAGAUUUCAGCUAAGUCUACACCCGGCCACAGAAAGCUGAACACAUCACAAGAUGAUACAGAUCUAGAUCUUCUGACGCGUUGCUGUGUUCUCUGCGGUGAUGAUGAUGGUCGCCCCUGUCUCUAUUUUACACCUGUCUUCUUGUCAGCUGUCAGGCUCUCUCUCUCUGAUGUACCGCCAUAUAGGGCACACAGGCCACGAUUGCUAGCACAUUUGAGGAAAGUGGCUCAUUCAUUGCUCCUCUUGGCCGGUCACAAUCCAUCAUCCUCGGUCCGGCCCUUGUGGUCGUCUAAAAACCUUCAAUUCAAUUAUCCCCCAGUCAUUUACUGCACACAUGCAUUUGUCUAAAUAUAGAGCGCGGUUCUCAUCUAUAGAACACCGGGCGGCUCGGAUACACUCUGCUCUCCUUAGAUUCAUCUUGACAAGCUCUUAACUUACUCCAGAAAACAAUUAUCCCCAGAAGAGAAGCCUGGCACGUAAAAGGUUAAUAACCCUUGACGUGGAGUGUGCAGGUCAGAUGACCGGCUGUUUGCAGUGCUGCAGUGCUUCCAGUAGGGGGCGCAGACACCCUCCAUCCCAGGACAAACUACUGAAACCUAACCUAGAAAUGUUUUGCAGAGAGAGCUGAAGGCCGGGCUGGAGAGACGAGCUGACGGGCAGUAGGACCCAGGAGGCGUCAGCUGUGAGUUCGCUCAUAACAGUGACAACACUGAGCUGUUUCAGAGAGUAUGGGCUGGUUAUGGCUGCAUUCUGUCUGCAGAGAUCCUUCACAAUAAACAGGAUGGCCCGGAUAAGCCUGGGAAUAUAAGCCGAGCCCUCCAGCAGCGGGACCCCUCCAUACAUCCAGGAUUACAAGGAACCUUCGUCUAAAUGGGUCCAGUGAUGCCUCCCAGUAAGAAGCCGGAGGGGACGGGGAUCAGCGUUUCCAGCCAGUGUUUCCGGAGUAGCCCUUUAUUGAACCCGCUCCACGAUGACGACGACGACUUAGACUUCCCACCCCCGGCGGUAAAGACGACUAAGGAGAAGGGCAGCAUGGAGGACGAGGAGCUGACCAAUUUGAACUGGCUCCACGAGAGCAAAAACUUGCUGAAAAGUUUUGGGGACUCUGUGUUACGGAGCGUCAGUCCCGUUCAGGACAUCGACGACGACACCCCGCCCUCCCCCGCCCAGUCCGACAUGCCCUACGAUGCCAAGCAGAACCCCAACUGUAAGCCCCCCUACUCCUUCAGCUGCCUCAUAUUUAUGGCUAUCGAGGAUUCUCCCACCAAGAGACUUCCCGUCAAGGAUAUUUACAAUUGGAUUCUGGAACACUUCCCUUACUUUGCCAACGCUCCCACCGGCUGGAAGAACUCCGUGCGGCAUAACCUGUCCUUGAAUAAAUGCUUCAAGAAAGUCGACAAGGACAGAAGUCAGAGUAUCGGUAAGGGAUCCCUGUGGUGUAUAGACCCCGAGUACCGACAGAACUUGAUACAAGCCUUGAAAAAGACGCCCUAUCACCCCUACUCCCAUGUAUUCAACACCCCCCCCACAUCUCCUCAGGCCUAUCAAAGCACAUCGGUUCCUCCUUUGUGGCCAGGAAGCAACUUCUUCAAGAAAAAUGGAGCUUUGCUUCAAGAUCCCGACGUCGCCGCGGCCAGCGCCAUGAUGCUAUUGAAUUCUCCACAUGAUUUACAACCCGGAUUGCCCCCUGGAGUCAUACAGAACGGAGCCCGCGUCCUCAGCCGAGGGAUCUUCCAGGGCGUCAGACCUUUACCAAUCAACCCUAUCGGAAGCAUGGCGGCCGCUGUAAGGAAUGGGAUUGGUCGGAUGAGGACAGAGAGCGAGCCUUCGUGUGACUCUCCCGUAGUCAGCAGCGACCCCAAAGAGGACCACAACUACAGCAGCGCCAAAUCUGCCAUCAAGAGAAGCUCCUCCCCUGCCAGUGACUCCGUCUCGUCCUCCUCCGCCGACGACCAUUACGAGUUCACCGCCAAAGUCUGCCGGGACGGCUGCGACAUCAGCUUCCAGAGCCACGAGAGCUUCAGCGAGACGGAGGAGGACGACAAGAAACCCAUCAAAAAGGAGCCGAAGGAUUUCCUGGCGGACAGCGGCUACUCCUCCCAACACAAGAAGAAGCAGCACCUGCUGAAAGUGCGGCGGAUCCCCAGCGAUGCCCUGCCGCUGAAAAAGAGACGCACGGAAAAACCGCCAGAGAGCGACGACGAGGAGAUGAAGGAGGCGGCCGGGUCGCUCCUGCACUUGGCGGGGAUCCGGUCUUGUUUGAAUAACAUCACCAAUCGGACGGCGAAAGGUCAGAAAGAGCAGAAAGACAAAGAGACGACGAAAAACUAGAGACGAUUUACUAUGAACGUUUCCUCCGCACGUCAGGUGAAUUUUAACUAUUUUGUGGCAAUAUCAACCAUUUUUCUUUUUCCCUUUUUUUGUUUUAUUUUUGGGGGUGGGGGGGCCCUUCUAGUGUUUUAUUUUGUAAAGGAUAUUGAAGCCAUAGAACUCACAAUGCUUUUAAUUUACCGGGAAAAAAAAGAGAGAAUUUUUUUUGUUUUGUUCAGAAGCCAAAAUUUUUACGGUCACAGUCGCCAACCAAAGCGGCGGUCACUAUAACGCAACCCUAUGAUGGAAACUGGUGCUCCCACCCGAUGGGGUUCAGGACGGGGGGCGCUGUUCUCCGGAUUCCUUUCUCUUCCUCUGGCGGUGCAGAUUCGGUAACGACUUUGUCGCUGCUCGCGGGACGCCAAGACUAUCGUGCCAUAGGUCCGACCCACACAGAAUCCUACAGUGUUGCCAAUCGGUAUUGUACACGGUGACUACAAUGUAUCUUCUCUGAAUUAACCCGUUGACUCCUGGGUAAAGGAAAGUAAAAUCCACAAACAGACGACUGCCAGAGUGAGGCGGAAGCCGCCAAGGCCGAUGACCCGUCAACCACGAAAAUAAAGCCGGAACCGCUACGGAACCUGCCGCUAGUAUUCAGCUGCCACGAAGUGCGUAGAAUCAGGCGACCGCCGCAGUCCUCACACAGGUGCAUGGAUCACAUGACAAGAUACAAGUUCUGGGGCUUUAUUUACUUUUAUAUUAUUUUGUUUUUUCCAGAGACGAGCGCCGUUCUUGUAAGGUAAAUCUGUAUUUAGCAUGACGCAUGGAUUAUUUUCAUAUAAAUAGAGAAAAUAGAGAAAAAAGGCAACGCCUCUAAUGUUAGGCCCAAGGCCUGGACUUUGGCCGCCCCUCCCCCCGAUCAUUUUUUUUUUAUCCGAAUUUUGGAAGCAGGUUUCUAAGGUCUAACCUUCUUCUUCAGGGACAAACACUUUGACUGUUGGGGAACUUCUUCUCUCUGCAAUAUAAUAAGAAUUACAGCUCAUCCUCCACCGGGCUCGGAUCUGCCUUGUCUUUACAUUCAGCCCAACAUACAACCCGACUGUGCUUCUCUGUGAUAUAGAAAACGUUUCUGUCCUUUCUGUCUAUUCGGAUAACACGAGGCAAUAAUAUGUUGGUAAACUGGGCAGUGAGGGCGGCGCUGGGGGCUUUACUGGUUCAGAGAGUUCUGCUCCGGGGGUCGUCCUGCGUCCUCGUGCGUCAUCUGCUUAACUGUAAUGCGUUUACGUCUCAUCUGCAAAAUGCGCCUGUCCCCCCGGUUUAUGUCACUAGCGUCAAACCCCCCCCCCUCCCCCUCAUAUAAUGGAAAACAUGUUCAGGUAUUGGGGACAAUCCAUCAGCUGCCGGUGACGUAAAUCCUGUCCAGCCAAUAGAAAUAUUUACAGGGGAAGCUCUAGUUACCCCCCACCUUUCCUCAUAUACCCCUAUCUCACACUGCCGCUCCCCCGCCUCAUAUACCCCAUACACCUGACUACCACCCCCUCAUACACCCCAUACUGACCACUGCCGCUCCCCCGCCUCAUAUACCCAAAAACCUGACUACCACCCCCCUCAUACACCCCAUACUGACCACUGCCGCUCCCCCGCCUCAUAUACCCAAAAACCUGACUACCACCCCCUCAUACACCCCAUACUGACCACUGCCGCUCCCCCGCCUCAUAUACCCAAAAACC